CAUUUACCAGCAAAGCGAAAGAGAAAAAAAAAACAAUCGUUAAGACGAUUCGAUCUUUUGCUGUGUCAGUCAUUUAUACGAUUUUUUUUUUGUUAAUUAUUCAUCAUUUCAUCUGUUCGAAUCGGGCAAUUUUCGUCUGGAGAAAUCUGGAGAUAGGAUUUUGAUCGAUUUCUAAGCUCUAAUCUCAGUUUUUUGGGUAGCUCCGGUGAUCCUUGAGAUGGCGGGUCAGAAUCCUAACAUGGAUCAAUUCGAGGCCUACUUCAAAAGAGCAGAUUUAGACGGAGAUGGUCGGAUCAGUGGUGCCGAAGCUGUUGGAUUUUUUCAAGGAUCUGGUUUGUCUAAGCAGGUUCUCGCCCAGAUAUGGUCGCUUUCUGAUCGGUCACACAGUGGUUUCCUUGAUCGGCAAAACUUUUAUAAUUCUCUGAGACUUGUAACAGUUGCACAGAGCAAGAGAGAUCUGACACCUGAGAUUGUUAAUGCAGCACUGAAUACUCCUGCAGCAGCCAAAAUACCACCUCCCAAAAUUAAUCUUUCAGCUAUCCCUGCACCCCGACCUAAUCCUGCUGCUACAACGGUCGGUCCAGUUUCCGGGUUUGGAGGACCAGGGGCUCCAAAUGCGAUUGUCAAUCAGAAUUAUUUUCCACCUCAGCAAAACCAGCAAAUGAGACCAAAUCAAGGAAUAUCUGGGCUGACUUCACUUAGACCAGCGGCUGGUCCAGAAUAUAGACCAAGUGCCUUAUCAGGUCAAUUCCAACCAGUUCCUGUUGGUAGUGUUACGCAUCCUCCUCAGCCUGUUCCCACUAGUGUAUCUGGUCCUGGUAGUUCAACGUUCAAUCUUAAUAGUUUGUAUGCUGGAGCUGGAAACACCAGCGGAUAUUCGUCAGGCUUUGGAGGGGGCAGCUUAGCAGCACCUUCUCCUGGCUUAAAACAAGAGUCACACAUUGAUCCAAAGGCGCUUGUUGUAUCUGGAAAUGGAGGUGACAUGUUUUCCUCUUUCCAGCAAAAACAAGAACCCACUCUGAGUAAUUCUUCAAUUAGUUCAGCCAUUGUCCCUACUUCUGCUGGAAUCCAACCUCCAACAAAGCCUAAUGCUCUCGAUUCCCUACAGAGUACUUUCUCAAUGCUACCUUCAGGAAAUCAGCUUCAGCAGCCAAGGCCAGCAGCAAGCUCACAGCCUGCAGUGUCCUCACAAGGUCCAUCCUCCGGUUUGCCACCUGGAAGUGCAGUUGGAUCUGGCCAUUCUACUCCUGCUGGAAAUAAUCAGCCUCCGUGGCCAAAAAUGAAACCAUCCGAUGUUCAGAAAUACACAAAGGUAUUUAUGGAAGUUGAUAGUGACAAGGAUGGAAAAAUCACUGGUGAGCAGGCGAGGAAUCUAUUUUUAAGCUGGAGGUUACCCAGGGAGGUAUUGAAGCAUGUGUGGGAAUUAUCUGAUCAGGAUAAUGAUACUAUGCUUUCUCUGAGGGAGUUCUGCAUUUCAUUGUAUUUGAUGGAGCGGUAUAGAGAAGGCCGUCCUCUCCCGACCGCACUUCCUAGCAGCAUCAUGUUUGAUGAAACACUGCUAUCUAUCUCAGGCGCACCCAGUCAUGGCUAUGCAAAUGCUGGAUGGGGAUCUGGUCAAGGUUUUGUACAGCAACCAGGGAUGGGUGCGCGGCCAAUCACUCCAACGACUGGUAUGAGACCACCAGUUCCUGCACCAGGCCCUCAACCUGGCAGUGGUAUACCACCUAAUCAGCCAAGGAAUCAAGCGCCAGUUUUGGAUGCUCCUUUUGCUAAUCACCUAGGUAAUGGAUAUUCUGCAAGCUCAAAUCUUCCAGAAGCAGCAGCUGAUGAGGAAAAGGUUGAUGAAAAGCAGAAUGCCUAUAUGGACUCCAGGGAGAAACUUGAUUACUACCGGACGAAAAUGCAGGAUAUUGUCUUGUACAAAAGCAGGUGUGACAAUAGAUUAAAUGAGAUCUCCGAAAGGGCUUCUGCUGACAAGCGUGAGGCUGAAACAUUGGCAAAGAAGUAUGAGGAGAAGUAUAAGCAAGUUGCAGAAAUAGGGUCAAAAUUAACUAUUGAAGAGGCCAGGUUCCGUGAGAUUGAGGGGCGGAAGAUGGAGUUGAGUCAAGCAAUUGUGAACAUGGAGCAAGGUGGUAGUGCUGAUGGUCUCCUUCAGGUCCGGGCUGACAGAAUACAAUCAGAUCUUGAGGAAUUGAUGAAGGCUUUAACUGAACGAUGCAAGAAACACGGGUUGGAGGUUAACUCGAAGGCCCUUGUAGACCUUCCAGCUGGCUGGCAACCUGGAAUUCAAGAAGGUGCAGCUCUUUGGGAUGAGGAAUGGGAUAAGUUUGAAGAUGAAGGUUUUGGCAAUGAGAUCACUUUUGACAAAUCAAAAGAGCAAAACUCGUCUGGUGAGAAGGAAAAUGGUACGGUGGAUGAUGGUAGUGGGCCACCUGAUUCGCCGACCCAUGUAGAGGACAACUAUGGCCCUUUUUCAGAAACCUCAGACCGCCACCAUGAGAGUGAAUAUGGGACAACUCACAGUGAAGAUAGAAGUCCUAGAGACAGUCCUGUCUCUAGGAAUGCUACUGAGGUCCCAUCUCCAGAUUAUUCUCAGGGAAAGAAUUCUGAAUUCUUUGAUGACUCGAAUUGGGCAAGUGCAUUUGACACUAACGAUGAUGUGGAUUCAGUCUGGGGAUUUGAUGCAUCAAAAAGCCAGGAUGGAGAUUACUUUGGAUCAGGUGACGAUUUUGGUGGAAACACAGCAAGAGCAGAUUCUCCAAGUUCAAGAAGCUUUGGCGCCCAGAGAAAGAGCCAAUUUGCAUUUGAUGAUUCAGUCCCCAGCACUCCACUCUCAAGAUUCGGGAACUCUCCACCUCGGUUCAGCGAUGCAUCAGCUAGAGAUAAUAACUUUGAUAGCUUCUCCAGGUUCGACUCCUUCAACACCAGUGAAGCAGGCGCCGGGUUUUCUUCGCAGCCCGAGAGACUGUCUCGGUUUGAUUCCAUCAACAGCUCCAAAGACUUUGGUGGAGCUGCCUUCUCUAGGUUCGAUUCAAUUAACAGUUCCAGAGACGUCACUGGAGCUGAGAAAUUUUCGAGGUUUGAUUCCAUCAACAGUAGCAAAGACUUUGGUGGUCCCUCGCUAUCAAGAUUCGACUCUAUGAAUAGUACAAAGGAUUUCAGUGGUAGCCAUGGAUACUCGUUUGAUGAUGCAGACCCGUUUGGUUCCACAGGUCCCUUUAAAGUCUCUUCGGAUGAAAGCCCUACGAAAAGGUCAGAUAACUGGAACUCCUUCUAGCCUCGGUUACUAUCGUUCCCUUUUAUAAUCCUUUUUCCUCGCUUGAUGAACUUGUGCUUGUUUCAUAAUUAUAAUUUUUUCACCAAAUUCUGGUUUUGGAUGAGACACUAGCGUUAGUCUAUUUGUAAUUUGUAAAGUUUGUCUCUGUAUUGGUUUCCUACUGUAUCUCUGUUAUGUUAUGAAUUCAUUUGCUUUAUAUGAAAGAAAUAUUUGAGGAUUU